ACGUAUUAUUAGCGCGUACAAUGCAUGAAAGCUGCGAAUUAGGUGUUUAUCACAACUUAGCUCUCGAUCUACGCGCUGCGAUAAAACUCUCCAGAUCUGAAAUGUAAACCUUUCAUCCUUUUCUUUCUCGAACUCUCCGCUCAGUUUCACAUUUUCUCCCUCAAACCCUAGAAUUAUUUCAUCGAUCUCUCUCUCUCCUUUAGAUCAAUUCUUUCUCCCCAUAAGUGUAAGUUUCCCGCUGAUUUCAUCGGAGAUUUGGCAAGUUCCGACGCCAAAUGCUGCUUUCUCGACAUUUCCCCCGAAGGAUGAGGGAAUUUGGGGCCGACAAUUGACUCUUUAUUCCCGAAGAUUGUAGAAACUCCUCCAUAUCUACCGGACUUCGAAGGAACACCGCCGUUAUUACCAAAGAUGAACAGAUGCAGAGAAAAUCAAUCUGGUAGUUUGCUAAAUUUCAUCCACCACACAUUUUUACUUCUCAUUCUCCGACGGUGGCAUUGGUGGCCUGCUCAUCGGCUUAUUCCAGAAGGUUCAAAGCAGAAUUUAAACCUACGAGUAGAUCAACAAAGAUGACGGAAGCGAUCCAUCACUAAACAUUGUUGCUAGGAUACGUGGUCCAACUGUGAGUCAAUUUUACAUCUUACGUUUGCAUGUUGAUACUCCACCACACGAUCUUCAUGCACCAGAUUGCUUAAAUGAUCUACACCCUGGAGAUCACAUUGAGAUCCAAUGGAGACGGGAUAAAGAAUUCCCUUAUGGUUUCACGAGUUGGAGGCUACACAGUUCCUCCUGAUUUCAUCCUGCUUACUCUACCAAGCUUUCUCAUGGCAGUGGUGGAAGCUGAGUUAAAGUUGCCUGCAGAUUCAUAUACCGCCAACCUUGUAAUAAACGAGGGAGAGUCUGUGUAUGACUAUUGUUGGUACCCUUACAUGUCUGCUUCAGGCGGCACUUUUGCCUUGUACUCAUUGCUAUGCCGGCAUGCAAACCUUGGGUGUUCUUCCUACUGAUGAGAAGUUAUCUGCAAUAUAUCUAUUGAGGGAUCCGAACAGACAGCAAGGAAUUCUGCUUUCAAGCUACCAUUUGAAAAGCAUGAAAGAUUUCAUAAAGCGUUGCUAUCUUUGUUUUUCUGGGAACAUGUAUGACUAUUGGUGAUGGUGUUCUCACACCAGCAAUAUCAGGUAACAGUUUCUUUGUUUUUGUUGGAACCUAUUGUUGCCCACCCAGUCCUGUCGCAUGUCGGCUUAUCACAAUUUUUCUUAAAGCUUCAUAUCAAAUUUUCUAACAAAGUCUAAUUAUGACAAGUGAUUACAGAUGUUAAUCAAAGUGUAAUCUCAUUAUUUCUUUUAUAGGAUGUUCAUUAUGACAUUAUACCACCAAUCACUGAGCAAUAGUUUUCAGUCUAUCUACUAAAGUAAUUUACUAUAUGCUAAUCUUACAUAUCACAGUCUGAAAAGGCCCGAACAAAGGAAACAAUAGUGAGACCUGUUUCUUUGUCCAUUUUUUGUGAUUUUGUGAUCGUUCUGCAUUAUGUUAACUCAUUUGAUGAUCAUCUAAGCGCAUAUUAUAUAUUCUUCCAGUUCUUUCGGCAGUGUCUGGAGUUCGUCUAAAAUUCACGGGACUUCAUGAAAGUAAGUUCUACUUCGUCCACAAAUCAAAGGGGACAAAAGGACGAAAGAGAGGCAUUACUAAAGUGUUUCAGAAACAUGCAACUCAGCUGCAAUGAAAUUUACAAUGCUUUUUGUCUGAUAAAUAAUAUCUUAUUUUGCAGAUUAUGUCGUUGUGGUUUCCUGCAUCAUUUUGGUAGUCCUGUUUUCUCUCCAACAUCAUGGAACACAUAAGGUUUCUUUCAUGUUUGCACCAAUUGUUUUAGCAUGGCUCCUUUGUAUAAGCAACAUCGGUGUUUAUAAUAUUAUAAGGUGGUCAUUUUGUGUUUAUUGAUUUAGACAGGUACUGAAUAUUGUUCAUCUAAUUGUUUUAAUUAGGAUAGAAAUGUUGAUGUAAUAUCUAGAUUGAUUGAAUAUUAAUUGUUGGUUUGGCUUAGAAUGUGAUGGUGGCUUGGUGUUUAUUGCUAUAAA